AAGGUCAGUCAGCUGGUAGUUUGCCAGCAGCCUGCAGUCAGUACCUGGAUCUGACCAGACCAGAUCACAUCCGCCAUGGCUACAGUCAAGAUCUGCCUGCUAGGCCUCCUCCUUGUCUUCUACAUCACACAGUCCCUUGCACAACAGCAAGCUUGCUCUGCUGCCAAUAAGAAAUGUGCAGCUCAAGGUGAAUGUUGCUCCAAGUGCUGCUUGGGAACCAAAUGUGUGGACGUCAACCAGUGUGCUCCCAAGUGUCCUGCCGAUCUGGAGUUCAAGUGUAAGUCUGCUGCGGAGGAAUGUUUUUUGAAGCCUGUAGCCAACUGCUCCAAGCCGCCUUGCAAGCCCGAACCUGCCUGCCGUUACAUUCCUCCAUGCAAUCGCCUCACUUGCCCCAAGGGCAAGCACUGUGUAGACAUCGGAGGGACUCCCCCAACAGCCGCCUGCUCACCCGACCCUAAGCCUACUACUAAUUAGUUAUAGCCAUCGAUGAAGUCAACAGAGUCGUCAAAGUUUGUCUGUAAUUCUGUUGUGCUUUUAUACUCAUUACAUAGUAAAUAUUGCCUCACAUGA